UCGCGAGAGUUUCUGUCAGUGAAGGGGAAAGGGUGUUGUGGGCGUACAAGUUUAGGGUCUGUCCGGCCCGCCGCGCUUUUCCAGGAAAGGACUCGAAACUGAGUAGGAAGCCUGUGGGCGGAUCGGCCCGAGCCGCUUCCUCUCCUUUCUGCUGGCCUGUUGGCGUCGACUGACCCCGAUGGCGGCGGCUGAGGCUGAAGAGAAGGCGGCGGCACCGUCGAGCGGCCUCUCCCCGAAAGAGGAAGGCGAGCUGGAGGACGGAGAAAUCAGUGACGACGACAAUACUGAAGGGCCUCCAGAGCCUAGUAACCGAGGCGGCGGCUCGAAAGGCCCCUACGCUAGGCGUAGGCCUCCCCCCGACCUCCGCAGCAGUCUUCUCCUGGUCUCGUCCCGUCGCUUUUCCCAUUUGCGGCACCAGCCACCGCCGGAGCUCGGGCACAUGCAUAGCCACGGUGGCGGAUACCGGUUGAAGGAAGCUUUCCGGCCGCAGCCGCCUUCUUCCUCUACUUGCUCGCGGCUGCCACCCGACUCUGGCCCCAGGCUGUCGUUCUGGGAGCGCAGCCACAACGCGCUGGACCGGUUUCGUUUCCGAGGCAGGCCUUACCGGGGCGGGGGCCGCUGGGGCAGGAGCCGGGGAGGCAACCCCCCUGGAAGGCCCCCGGGAGGUGGGGGCGGCGGGUACAACAGCAACCAGGGCUGGCGAGAGUCCUCCCCUCGGAAAUCUAAAACAUUUGUAAAGUCACCAUCUAGAAAACAGAAUUAUUCAUGUAAAAAUGAUAAUGCUGUGGAAGAAAGUUUUGAAGAUCUACUGCUGAAAUAUAAACAAAUUCAACUAGAACUUGAAUACAUCGAUAAAGAUGAAAAACUUGCUCUGAAUAACAAGGACGAAACUCCCCAGCAAGAAGAUAAUAAAACAACCAGUCUUGAGGACCAAAUUGCUAUAGAUCAUGUCAGUAUUACAGUGGAUACUGUAAGUGAAGUGUUUCCUGAGGAGAAGAAUCAAGUAUUAACCUUUCAGGCAUUUGAACUGAAACCUCUCAGGCAAAAACUGCCUACUUUAGCUGAAAGAAGCAAGCUGAAGAAAGCAAAAGAUGGAAUAAAGCAACAUUCACAAAAAUCUGAAUUACUGGAUUCUAACCAUGCAGCUGAUGAAAAAGAACAAGUAGAGCAAAAACUUAGUCCUUCAGAUGCUGCAGCCAUGAAGAAGUUGCUCGAUGAAGAAGAGGAGAUGUCAGAGUUGCAACUAAGGCUUCUAGCUCUACAAUCUGCUAGUAAAAAGUGGCAACAGAAAGAGCAGCAAGUGAUGAAAGAAAGCAAAGAAAAACUAACGAAAGCAAAGACUGUACAGCAAAAGGUCAAAACUAGUGCAAAAUCACACUCUGCCAAGAAAACUAGCACUGCAGCUAAGCAAGCAUUGAGGAAACAGCAAACAAAGGUAUGGAAAAAACUGCAGCAACAGAAAGAGCAGGAAAGGCGUCAGAAGGAAGAAGAGCAAAGGAAACAGGAGGAAGAGGAGGAAAGAAGAAAAAGGGAAGAGGAAAUAAGAAAAAUCCGGGAUCUUUCUAAUCAAGAAGAACAGUACAAUAGGUUCAUGAAGCUGGUUGGCGGAAAGAUGCGAUUAAGAAGCAAGUCCUCAGAUAAAGACUUGAGAAGAUCAUUAGAUAAGCAAUCUACCGAGAGUGCAGGAGGAAUCUAUCAGUAUGACAAUUACGAUGAAGUUGCUAUGGACACAGAGAGUGAAACUAAUUCUCCUGCAUCUUCUCCAGUACAGCCAUCAUACUUUGAAUGCCCUGUUGGAUACUUCCCUCCUGCUGUUCCACAAAUUUCACUGCCUCAUGCAUCACAGGUUUUGGCUCAACCGUCAGUGAGUCAAUUGUAUGUUGAAGGCAUUUCAAGUGUUUCUUUAGAGCUUCUCCCUCCUCUCCCUCCUCUUCCACCUGAAGAACCUGAACAGCCACCAAAGCCGCCAUUUGCAGAUGAGGAAGAAGAGGAAGAAAUGUUGCUACGAGAAGAAUUGCUUAAAUCUUUGGCAAGUAAACGAGCUUACAAACCAGAAGAAAACUCAAGUAAUAGUGGUCCACCUUCACCGCCUUUCCCCAAUAAUUCCCAUUCUCUGCCAAGAAGCAACCUUGCAGCAGUCAGUAUUAAUACAGUGUCUCAGCCUCGUAUAAAGAACACCAAGAUUGUUAGAGUACCAAGACCCCCAAGAACAGUGAUCACGCUUCCAAAACACAAGUCCGUGGUGGUUACGCUGAAUGAUUCAGAUGAUAGUGAGUCGGAUGCAGAACAACCUAACUCUCCUACUAGUGUGUUUGGUGGUCUAGAAUCUAUGAUCAAAGAAGCUAGAAGAACUGUGGAGGCAUCAAAGCCUAAAACACCUUUAAAGUCAGAAAAAGAAAAUAAUCCCAUGAGAACCCCUGAGGCUUUGCCAGAAGAUAAGAAGAUAGAGUACAGACUCCUAAAGGAAGAGAUUGCCAGUCGAGAGAAGCAACGCUUAAUAAUAGCUGAACCACUGAAGGCAAGUUCAUCACCAGCAAACUCUGAUGGCGAAGUUGAUGGAGUUGGUAGAAUAGCAUUAGUAACAAAGCAAGUUACAGAUGCAGAAGCGAAACUCAAAAAGCACAAGCUUCUCUUGAUGAAGGAUGAGUCUGUGUUGAAACAUCUCCUACAGCAAGAGGCAAAGAAGAAAGAGUCUGUUCGUCUUGCUGAAAGCAAGAUUGCUAAACUUAAUGAGCAGCUGCAAGCAACAGAGAAGAUACUAAAUGCCAAUAGGGUAUUUUUGAAGAAACUUCAAGAACAAAUUCACAGAGUACAGCAACGUGUAACAGCAAAGAAAGCGCUGGCGUUAAAAUACGGAGAAGAGCUUGCUCGAGCAAAAGCACUGGCUAGCAAAGAAAUUGGAAAACGAAAACUUGAAUAUGAUCGCUUUGGACCAAAUAAAAUACUGAAAUUUGAGAACUCACCAUCAUCAAGCCCCAAGAAACAUUCAGCAGAACUGAUUGCACUGGAGAAAAAAAGGCUACAGCAGCUGGAAUAUGAAUAUGCUCUAAAAAUUCAGCAGCUAAAAGAAGCUCAUACAUAUCAGAUCAAGGAUCGGUCAAAUAUUGCUCCCAUUGCCGAAGAGGAACCUGAAUUUGCACUACCUCAGCCUUCCCUUCAUGACCUAACACAAGACAAACUGACUUUGGAUAUUGAAGAGAAUUAUUUUGAUGAUGAAAUUUUAUCCAAUUCUGGUAGAGAACGAAGGAGGUCUUUCAGAGAAUCAAACUCUUUUACUAAACCUAAUCUUAAGCACAUCGACACUUCCAAGCAAGAAACUACGAGCAAGCUUCCUAAAAAGACACUAGAGCAACCUGAGCUUUUUUUGGGUCUCAAUAUUGAUGAACUUAAAAAACUUUAUGUGAAAGGAGAUAACUUGAAAGAAGUCUUAAGGAAAAAUACAGCUCUUUUGGUGUCUAAUGAAGAGAAUGUGUGUGGUCAGGUAAUAACAGUGGAUGUAGAUCCCUUUACAGUUCCAAGUAGACAAGCAGAAGGGAAACCACAUCCAUUUGGACCCUAUCAUAGCCCACUUCUUAUUUUUAAAUCUUACAGAUUUAGUCCUUAUUUUCGAACAAAAGAAAAACUUUACCUCAGUUCAGUAUCGUAUAGCAAUAUGAUUGAGCCAAAACAGUGUUUUUGCCGUUUUGAUCUAACAGGCACAUGCAACGAUGAUGACUGUCAGUGGCAACACAUGAAAGAUUGCACUCUCAGUCGAAGACAGCUGUUUGAAGAUAUUCUUUCUUACAACUUAGAUUUGAUAGGCUGUUCAGAAAAAAGCACUGAUGAAGAGAUAAGCACUGCAACAGAAAAAUAUGUUGAAAAACUUUUUGGUGUAAACAAAGAUCGCAUGUCAAUGGAUCAAAUGGCUGUACUUCUUGUUAGCAACGUCAAUGAAAGCAAAGGUCACACUCCUCCAUUUACAACCUGGAAAGAAAAAAGGAAAUGGAAGCCUAAGUACUGGAAAAAAAGCACUUUGGACAGUGGUUCCAGCAGUGAAGAGGACCAGUCCUCUGGCCCUGUUAAAUAUGCUCCUACAGUUGAGACCAAAGUAAAUACACCAGCUUUGGAUGCUGUUGUGACUCCUGAUGAUGUUAGGUAUUUUACAAAUGAAACAGAUGACAUUGCUAACCUGGAGGCAAGUGUACUUGAGAACCCUUAUGAUGUUCAGCUUUGGAUCAAACUGGCAUACAAGUAUCUGAAUCAAAAUGAAGGAUCAUCAUCAGAAUGUUUGGAUUCUGCUUUGAAUGUUUUGGCCCGAGCUCUAGAAAACAACAAGGAAAAUUCUGAAAUCUGGUGUCAUUAUCUCAAGCUGUUUUCCAAAAGAGGAACCAAGGAAGAGGUGCAAGAAAUGUGUGAAACUGCUGUGGAAUAUGCUCCAAAUUAUAAAAUCUGGUGGACUUUUCUAGAUCUGGAAAACUCCUUUGAUGGAAAGGAUUAUGUGUGUGGGAGAAUGUUGCACUUCCUAAUGAAAGACCCAAAGUGUGAAGAAAACUUUGAUCUGCGAUCCUUUCACUUGAUGGAGAUGCUGCUGUACAGAGUUCAUUUAAGCAUCUUUACUGGAAAACAUCAGAAUGCUGUUGCAUUAUUCCAGAAUGCUCUGAAGUCAGAAAAUGAUACGGUAGUUGUGCAACAUCUCACUAUCAGUGACCGCUGCUUAGCUUGGCUUUCUUAUAUCCAUCUGAUUGAAUUUGGUGACCUUCCUCUCAAGUUUUAUGACCCUACAAAUAGUAAUCCUUCAAAAAUCAUGAAGAAAGAGCCAUUUUUAAUACCUUGGAAAAAAGCUGAAGAUGUGAAGACUAAUCCUGAUACCUUGUUAGCGGUCUUUGAAGAUGCCAUUCGGUCCUGUACAAGUGAGAAUCCUGAAGAUGAUGAAAAAAUAGUUCUCUGUCUUCCUCUGUACAGGAAUAUGAUUUUUCUGCAGCAGCUCCUAGAAAGGUGGGAGGCAGCCAUUGAGAUUUGUAAAUCACUUUUGAAAGUUUGCCCUGUUGAUUGCCAGCUGCUGGAGGUUCUGGUUAGUUUGUAUUUGCAAACAGGCCAGAUUGAGAGAGCUUGUGAUGCUUGGCUUACCGCAUUUGAGAGAAAUCCUAAGAAUGCCCAGGUGUUCUACUUUAUGUGCAAAUUCUUCAUCUUGCAGAAGAGAUCAGACAGUAUUCCUCCACUCCUGCAAGCCUUUGUUGCAACAUUCUUCGAUUGUUCACAUCAAGAGCAUAGUCCUGUAGAGCUUUUACGAUACUUUCUGAAUUUUCCAAUGCCAAUUGAAUUUACACCACCUUCAUAUAAGGGGUGCUCUUCAGAAGAAGCUCUAAGCCAGCAAAUCCCAUACUUGUGGCAAAUAUAUUGUUUAUACCAGUCUCUUCAUGGAAGUUCUGGAGAAGCAACAGAUGCUUAUGAGGCAGCUCUGGGAGCAGUUAUGCAAGAGGAAAUAGUUCAGCAAGUUUGGAUGGAUUACCUUGUUUUCAUCAAUGGCAGAGUUGUCAGAUCCAGCUAUCAAGCUCAAGAAUUCAAGCUUUUUACUGAUCUUGUGAACAGAUGUCUUGUUACAGUUCCCACUCGUUACCCUAUUCCAUUUAGCACUGCUGAUUACUGGACCAACUAUGAGUUUCAUAACAAGGUCAUUUCCUUUUAUUUGAGCUGUAUUCCAAAGUCUCAGCAUUCCAAAGCCUUGGAACGAUUUUGCUCUACCAUGCCUGCUAAUCCUGGACUUUCAUUCAGGCUGCUUCAACAAUAUUGGGAUGAGAGCAAUAUUCAGAUAUUGAAACUGCAAGCCAAGAUGUUUACAUAUAAUAUCCCAACAUGCCUGGCCAUCUGGAAAAUAGCCAUUGCUGCUGAGUGCUUUCUAAAAGGACAGAGAGAGGUCCAUCACUUAUAUCAGAGAGCCUUUCAGAAGUUACCUCUAUGUGCAACCCUGUGGAAAGAUCAACUCCUGUUUGAAGCAUCAGGAGGAGGUAAAACUGAUAACCUGAGAAAACUAGUUUCCAAGUGCCAAGAGGUUGGAGUCAGCCUAGAUGAGCUUUUAAAUUUAAACACUUACAGAACAGAGAGCAUGAAUCGCUGAACACUGGGUGCAGUCAGUGCUAAAUCCUAUUAAAUGCCAAAAUCAUUUGAAUGAUUCUCCAGGCUGAUCUCUAGCUUUAGGCUUGUUAUCAAGCAGAUGAGCAAUGCUGAGCAAAGCAUAUCAAGUCUUUCUGGUCUGUUUUCCUUGAACCUGGAAACAUUUAACAUGAACGCCACCUUGGAUAAAUGAACUCCCUCUAUGGCCUGCUUCUGGGCCCUGCCAGACUGUCAUAACGUCAUGUACGUAAGUAUAGUUCAUCCCAAUGACAGACUUUAAAUGUGUUUUUGUUUUUGUUUUCAGUUCUUAUUUUCUUUCUUUUGUGCUGUUUCUGAUUUCACUUGACACUCACACUGAUGCCUGAGAGAUCUGUAUUUGGGGUUAAUUGUGGGCUGUGUUUACAUAAGAAAACAAACAGUCCUCUUUUGUAUUUCCCUCUUUUUUCUUUAAAUCUUUCUUUGCUUUGCUUCUCUUUUUCUCUCUUUUUUUGGUGGAGAUUGUUUAUUUUCAUUGCAGGUUUUAAAACAAAAGCAACCACUCUUAAAGAAAGUAACUGCCAUGGCUUCAAGUAUGCUUUUUGCACUUGAAGGCUGUAUGAGGGUUGUUUUACUGCCCUUUCUGCAUUCUGGACUUGUGGCAGAGACGUUUUAAACUUGAAAAUAAAAUCUACUAUUGCAAAUGCCAGUGCAUCAGAACCUAAGAGUAGUCAAUUUACUAUGUGCAAUUUUUGUAAAGAAAUUUUAAUUUAUAAUAAAAGUUUAACAGUUAAUAUUGAA